AUGCACACUGAAACAUCGAGCGGGUCACAUCCUUUCCCUGCAGAGGACUGGGGCAUGUUUCCUGCCUGCACAGCACAGGAGGGCAUACUUCUACCAACAGGGCAAGGCUCUCAUUUGCUGCUAACACAUGGAAUUGGGGUGAAUCUGUGCUCCAUGAUUUUACACAUUUGAUAACAUUUGGGAAACAGGAUUCGGGUCAUCAAAAUGAAAGACCUCAUCUUUGCAGCUGCUGGACUACUGCUUCUGGAGCCCUCUUCUUGUCAAAGCGGCAUGAAAGAUGAUGCAGACAACUUGGCAACACCAACCUUACCUAUUAAGACCUUUCGUGGAGCACCCCCAAAUUCUUUUGAAGUGUUCCCCCCUUCUGCCAUAGAAGGCAAGACAGGAGACACCCUAACUGUAAAAAUUAAGUGCCCCGAAGAAAGUGUUUCAAAUCUCCUUGUGAAUAAUGCUACCAUGGGGUACCUGAGCAGCUCCCUAAGUACCAAACUGAUACCCGCCGUCUACAUCCUGGUGUUUGUAGUUGGUGUGCCAGCCAAUGCCGUGACCCUGUGGAUGCUCUUCUUCAGGACCAGAUCCGUCUGCACAGCUGUCUUCUACACCAACCUGGCCAUUGCAGAUUUUCUUUUGUGUGUCACGCUGCCCUUUAAGAUAGCUUACCAUCUCAAUGGGAACAACUGGGUAUUUGGAGAAGCCAUGUGCCGGGCCACCACAGUCAUCUUCUAUGGUAAUAUGUAUUGCUCCAUUCUGCUCCUCACCUGCAUCAGCAUCAGCCGCUACCUGGCCAUCGUCCAUCCUUUCACUUACCGGGGGCUGCCCAAGCGCACCUAUGCCUUGCUGACGUGUGGAUUGGUGUGGGCAACGGUUUUCUUAUACAUGCUGCCAUUUCUCAUCCUGAAGCAGGAGUAUUAUCUCGUCCAGCCAGAUAUCACAACCUGCCAUGAUGUGCACAACACAUGCGAGUCCUCGUCUCUCUUCCAACUCUUCUACUUCAUCUCCUUGGCAUUCUUUGGAUUCUUAAUUCCAUUUGUGGUUAUUAUCUACUGCUACACAGCCAUCAUCCGGACACUUAACGCAUACGAUCACAGAUGGCUGUGGUAUGUCAAGGCAAGUCUCCUCAUCCUUGCGAUUUUCACUAUUUGCUUUGCUCCAAGCAAUAUUAUACUUAUUAUUCACCAUGUGAACUACUACUACGACAGCACUGAUGGCUUAUACUUUAUCUAUCUCAUAGCUUUGUGCCUAGGUAGCCUGAAUAGUUGCUUAGAUCCAUUCCUUUAUUUUCUAAUGUCAAAAAUCAGGGAUCACUCCACUGCCUACCUUACAACAGUGAAAUCAUCCUAGAGAACAAGGAAGGCUAUCUGGGAAGACAUACGUUCUUGGGAUGACAUAUGCAUGGUGCAAGCUGCUCUAUUCUCUAGCACCAUUUUUGAGCUCCCGAGAAAUAGUGCUUCAAAAAUCAAACAUUACACAAGCACUAGUAAUUGUUUUUUUUUUUUAAACACUUCCUCAGUAUUUUAAGAAUGUUAAUGAGAAGAAAAGAUAUCAUUACUCUCUUUAUGGCAACGGACCCAUUUCCACCUGCCUUCUUGCUACUUUGGUUCUUUAAACCUCUACCUUCCUAACACUGUGAGUGGCACCGCCAUCCUUGAAUUUUGGCGUUAUAUUUGAUCCUUCUGUCUCCUCCAACUCUCCUGCUGGUGGCUGCCUCGCCAGCUGACUGUAUCUUCACAGUGUCCCUCAUUGGAAUCAGUUAUCCCAGUCCCACCUUCGCUGCCUCCUCACUCUCUUCACUGCCAACCUACCCUCCAUUUCACAGGUCCUGCCAGAUUCAUGCUCCUCAGACACCAGCUUGAAUGCAUCACUCAAAAACCCCCGCCGACUCUCCACUGCUUCUGCAAUCAACUAUAAACCUUAAGCCUGGCACUCAGGGCUAACUUUCUAACCUGACUGCCUGUAACGUAGGCACCAGCUGCACCUCUUGCUCUGCUGUGAUGUUGACUUUUACUUUCUCUCCACUUCUUCCUCUGACUGAAAAGCUAGUUCUUAACAUCUUUGCCUUAAUUCUGCCCAUCUCAAAGUCCUCAAAGGACCAUUCUUCCCUGGUUCUCAGGCUAGCAGUGUCACUUUUCUCAUUUGAACUUCCAAAGUGCUUUCCUAUAUAUUUUUCAUUAUGGCAGAUAUAUAUAAUUCAUUUAUAUGCAAAUAUUAAUUCCAUGAACAAUUAAGCACUACGUAUAACGGAGAAGGUCCUCAUCCUCACUCUUCUCUGAGCUUCUUGUUGACCCCAGGUUCUCUGGGGCCCAGCUCCAUGCUUUGAAUAUCAUGUGGCUGAAUGAAUUUUAAAAAUCCUAAAGCAUCUAAACACCAUGAAAGCCCAUUAAAUUCAUACUGAAAAGGCAACAUACUCUGUAUGACAUGGGACAUCAACAUUCCUGGUUAGGCAAAUAAAAAAAAUGAAGCUAAACUAAGAAUAUACUCAUAAGGUCAUCAAGAAGUUUAAAAUAAUGCCGCCACUAUUUUUCUUCCUUAGACAUCAUUUUUAAUGGGGAAAUGGUAUAUUAUAAAUGCCUAACAGUAUAUUCCUGUAGGUAACUAUGUUUCCCUUAACUUAGGGAUUAGACAGGCAGGGGACAGUAGUAGUUAAGGGUGGGUGGUGGUAGUGAAUAGAAGUGAGGCUGAGGAAACCUUUAAGCAUAAAAGAUUGCUGAGAUGAAUUUACAAGUCUGUAGGAAUGUGCAUUGGCUAUAUGUUUUGUAAUGACCAUCAAAACAAUAAAAAAACAUUUAAAUGCA